GUUUUUAAAACAUUCGGAAGAAGCGGUAUAUCACCUUUUCAAAAAGUCUCGAUAAAAUCGCGCGUAAAAUUCGUUAGAAAGUUUUCUCGUCGUUCCUCCUCAAUCUCCUCUUGGUUUUAUCUUGGUGAGCAAAUAAACCAUUCCAUGCGAUGACAAACGAGACUGCGAAGAUCGUUGAGAAGGGUAUAUUUCACGCGUUCGCUCUGGGAUGCGAUGUCUGGCGAAUCGCUCGUAACGAUCGUGUGGGCUUUUUAAUUUUUCAGGAUUACAGGGAACGGUGGGGAACAAAGUGCGCGGGCUGUGGAGAAUACGUGGAGGGCGACGUGGUCACUGCCGGAGACAAGCAUGCCUUCCAUCCCAACUGUUUCCACUGCCAACGAUGCAGACAACCGUUACUCGGACAGGGGACCAAGGUUUCCCUCGUCCAAGGUCAAGCUCUUUGCCACCGAUGCGUCGGUAUCCCUGUCCGAGAGGCCUCGACGCCAAUCGGGAAUAGCUCCGCCACCAGAGGAUCCGGAGACGGGCCCUCCGACCCCGGUGCCUGCGCUGGUUGUGGAAACCAAUUACGAGAAGGUCAGGCUUUGGUAGCUCUCGAUCGACAGUGGCACGUAUGGUGUUUAAAAUGUCACAGCUGUGACACCGUCCUUCACGGAGAGUAUAUGGGAAAAGACGGGGUGCCUUAUUGCGAGAAGGAUUACCAGAAAUUGUUCGGUGUGAAAUGCGCCUAUUGCAAUCGUUACAUCAGCGGAAAGGUGCUGCAGGCAGGUGACAAUCAUCAUUUUCACCCGACUUGUGCCCGUUGUACCAAGUGUGGCGAUCCUUUUGGCGAUGGAGAGGAGAUGUACNNGCAGGGCGCUGCCAUUUGGCAUCCCCGUUGUGGCCCGGGUCCUAGCGGACCCAAUGGUAUCGUGAACGGCCACGGAGAAGCUCACACGCCACAGCAUCGAGAAUCAGAACGGAUUUCCAGCAGCGCAUCGGAGAUGCAGUUUUCAUUGCGGUCACGCACGCCAAGCCUGAACGGAUCACUCUGCAGCCCUUACAGCAGCCUCAGUCGCAAGUAUUAUCCCGCGCGAACUGGAAGUCCCGGAUUGAUAUUGCGAGAAUACGGACGUGGUCCAUCCGAAGAUGUGUCUAGGAUUUAUACUUAUUCGUACUUGACCGAAACGCCGACCCAAGGAUACUUGAGACGUCCGAUACAGCCGUACGACAAACCUCCGACUAGCCCACACUUUCAUAGACCUAGCUCGUCACGUUCGAUAAGAAGCAGUGGCGGACGCAGCAGCCGAUCUGGAAUGCGUGCUCUGGUCGAUGCUCUCAGCGAGACCAGACCAAAGUCACCGGCCAGUCAAGUAGAUAAUGACGAGCCAAUAGAGUUGGCGCAUUAUCCGGACGCCAUGAAACCUCCUCCUGGAACCAAACCGCCGAUCGAGAGAGAUGAUUUUCCCGCUCCACCUUAUCCUUAUACAGAUCCUGAAAGACGUAGACGAUGGUCCGACACUUAUAAGGGAGUACCUGCAUCCGACGACGAGGACGAGGUGGAUAACAAAACUUAUAUAAAGGAGGUGGAGGAGAAGUUGAAGAAAGAACAGGACGAGCUGAGCAAAAUCGAUACUGGAAUAGCGAAAGUGUUUUUGCAAGAUCGUGAAAAGGAUCGAGAGAAUUUGAGACACAGAGCCGCGAACGUUGAUCCUAGAAAUGCGUCGAGAACGCCAUCAGCUGCCAGAGAACCGACUUAUAGACUGCGAUACGAGAGUCCAGUUGGCGCUUCGCCUUCGAGGAACAUAGAUCACGCCAGACCGUGGGAGGACGAUGAUGGUUUCAGUUAUAGAUCUAGCGUAGGACCUAGUUACAACGUUGGGAGGUCAUCGGCACGUUCCCCGGCUCCCAGAAACUAUCCACCCCUUGGUACUCAACGCGCCUUCACUCUUCCAAACGCCGCUAGGCACUAUCAUUCGGGUGAUUAUUCGUUCAGUGGGAUGGGAGACAAGACGCACAGCACUGAUUUCUCAUCUGGCAAAUCAGAUAUAUCGACAGGAAGCAUCACGGAUGUGGAUCGACGGGCAUUGGUAUGUACCACAGCCCCAUACUACUCCCGGCGAAUUAGCAUGAAUGAUGGUGGAAUGCUGCCAUCAUCUACCACGUAUACAGGUGGCCUAGGUUCGGUAGUUGGAAGUCACGGGGGCCAUCACGUGAGGAGAUCACUGCCAGACAUGGGGACAGCACCGUCCGAACCGCCGAAACUCUAUCCUUAUCAUUUACUUGUCAUCACAAACUAUAGGCUGCCCGCUGACGUGGAUCGUUGCAACCUCGAAAGACAUCUUUCCGACGCGGAGUUUGAGGCAGUACUUCAGUGUACUCGUGCCGAGUUCUACAGAUUGCCGCAAUGGCGUCGUAACGAAAUCAAAAGACGUGCCCGGCUGUUUUAACUGGCAGCUAUCACGCUACGUGUUCUACUUAUUACCUUCAUCGUGUCACGACUGUGUUACCGUGCUAUAGAGUGUACAUUCCUUCCGCGUGGUAGGUGUUGUAUCAUGAGAGAAAAGGAGAACACGUGUUCGGGGAACCAACGAUUCGAUUCCGGUUUUCGAUCGCGAACAUCGACGAUAUCAAAGCGUUGUCAUCGUUGCGAAUAAUGCAAAAUAAUGCAAAAUAAAAAUCGGGGCAAUCUCGACCUCUCGCCAUUUCGUACACGUUCACAGGGACACGUAUAAAUGCAUACACACAUGUUUAAACACGUAUAAACACAAUGUUCGCACGAUGACGCAAAUAUUAUAAUACAUAUACAUAAAGGAGCACUACCAUUUGACGUCAAUUUUAUUCUCUCAGCAACGAAUCCACAGGCAGCUUGAUUUUUGAUCGUUCACAAACUAUUUCAUCGUAUCCUGUGAUUUCGGUGCUUCUUUCGGGAGAAUCUGUAUGUUGUUCAUAAGGAAAACGAAAGAAGCGAUAUGUUCAACCGUUUCUGUGAUUGACAGAAAAGACCUGCUAAUUUGAGAAUUGAAGAAAAAAGGUUGAAACGUUUAUGAUCCGACGUUGUUAACGAAAAGAAAUAUGUAUUGUAUGUAUAUCAACUAUUAACAGUGAUGGUUUCAUUGGGAAUAUUUCAAACAGAAAAUUGUUAUCCUGUAUUUAACAUGUACACUUUCUAUGACUAGAAUUUUCACGAAAAGUGGAAAUAGUAGAUGGAUAAUAAUAAUUUUAGAGAAAUAGCUGAAAGUAAAGGUGGUCAGGAUCGUCUAAAAUUUUAUCAUUUAACUGGAACAUCAUCUUGUGACUUAGAGUUUACCCGUGAACGUCGACGUACAUAUAAAAUAGCGCGAUGGGAAGAUGUGCAAGAUUCAAAGCGAAUAAAAAACGAAAAAAAUGGUAAUACUCGUCGAUACGCAAACGUUGAUGUAAAUAAACGAACGAUGUAAGAGAAAUCUUA